AUGGCGCCGCCGACGAACGCCGCGCCGCGCCGCGGCGACUCCUUCGACGAGGUCAAGGACGACGAGGUCAAGGAGGACGACCAUCGGUCCCAGUUCGCGCUCCGGCGCGCGGCCCUCAGCGGCCUCGUGCGCUCCCUCGACGGCGCGGACGUGGAGAUCGCCGUGCCGCCCAAGGCGCCGCCGGCCAUCGCGCGCGUCAUCGCGCACGUCGGCGUCGGCGGCUUCAGCCGGAGCCACCUCUCGUACGCGACGGACCGGCUGCUCCGGUCGUCGCCGGCGCCCUGGGGCAUCACGGGCGUCGGCCUGAUGCCCUGGGACGCGAAGAUGUGCAAGACGCUCCGGGACCAGGACAUGCUCUACACGCUCGUCAUGCAGGACGACGCGGCGAAAUCCGCGCGCGUCGUCGAGGCCAUCACGGACUUCGUCUUCGUGCCCGAGGACACGCGCGCCUUCGAGACGCUCGCUUCGGACCCGCGCCUCAAGAUCAUCUCGCUGACGGUGACGGAGAAGGGCUACUACCAGGACGUCGCGACGGGCGACCUCGACCUGCGGAACGCGCUGAUCAAGCAGGACGUGUCUGAGUGGCACUACGCCGGGAGCCUGCAGAAGCCGCGCACGGCCUUCGGCUUCAUCUGCGCCGUGCUCCAGCGGCGGCGGUCCGCGGGCCUGCCGGCGGUGACCGUGCUCUCCUGCGACAACCUGCCGCUCAACGGCGACCUGUGCCGGCGGGCGACGCUGCGCUUCGCGGCGGCCUGCGACGCGGAGUUGGCGAAGUGGAUCGACCGGCACGCGACGUUCCCCAACUCCAUGGUCGACCGCAUCACGCCGGCGACGGAGGACGCGCACCGCGACGCGCUCGCGGCGGAUUUCGGGGUGCGGGACGCGUGGCCCGUCGUCUCCGAGCGCUUCGCGCAGUGGGUCGUCGAGGACGCCUUCGUCGCCGGGCGGCCGGACUGGGACGCCGCCUUCGGCGACGACAACGAGGACGAGUCCGUGCUCUUCGUCGAGGACGUCGAGCCCUACGAGACCAUGAAGCUCCGAUUGCUCAACAGCGGCCACAGCGCGCUCGCGGCCGUCGGGCUGCUCCUGGGCCACCGGCUCGUCCACCUGAGCCUCGCGGACCCGGACGUCCUCGGCUUCCUCGGCGCCUACAUGCGCCAGGUCGCGCGCACGCUCGGCCCCGUGCCCGGCGUGGACCUCGCGCGCUACCAGGCGAAGCUCAUCGACCGCUUCGCGAACCCGACGAUCGCCGACACGCUCGCGCGGCUGGCCUCCGACGGGUCCCAGAAGUUCAAGUCGACGCUCGAGCACGCGCUGCUCGUGCUCCGCCGCGAGCAGCCGACGCGCGCGCCGACGCUCGUCGCCCUCGCGCUCGCGUGCUUCCUCCGGGCCUGCGCGACGCAGGUCGACGAGCGGGGCGCCGCGUACCCGCUCGAGGACCCGCGGAAGGGCGAGCUCGCGGAACCGGCGCGGAAGGCCGUCGCCGGCGACGCCGGCGGCGCCAAGGACUUCCUGUCGCUGGUCUUCGGCGACGCGGUCGCGUCGUGGGCCGCGCUCGUCGACGCCGUCGCCGCGGCCAACGGCCUCGUGUCCGCCGAGGGCCUCCGCGCGGCGCUGCGCAUCGCCGUCAAGCAGGACCGCGACGACCCGCUCCCGCGCACGACGUCGCGCCUCUCGCGCACGGACAGCGGCCUGCCGCCGCGCGUCGCGUCGACGCUGUCCCGGAGCGACUCCGCGGACGCCGUCGCGUCGUUCCUCCCGGACUUCGACCGCAUGGCCGACGACGUCCCCCUGGGGCCCGACCUCGACGUCUUCGGCGGCGGCGCGGGAAACCCAAAUAAGCAGACGCCCGCCGUGGGCAUGGAGUGCACGAUCUGCUUCACGACGAAGUACGAGGCGAUCCGACUACGGUGCGGCCACGCGUUCUGCGGCGGCUGCCUGAAGCGGUGCGCGUCGCACGACAUUGCCGCGUGCCCGCACUGCCGCGCGCCCCACCUCCUCGACCCCGACGCCCUGCGGGCCGCCAUGGAGAAGUACCGCAAGGAGUACCGGUCCUGGCGCACGGGCGCGACGAAGGGCUCGAAAGGCGAGGUCGCGGCCGUCACGGAGCCCAGGGCCGACGAGUCGCCGACGAAGGCGCCCGCGCCCGCGGACGACGACGGCCCCGUGAAGCCGCCCGCGGAGCGGCCGCCGGACGUCGUGCUGGAGCACGUCGAGGCCGCGCCGCUCGGCCGCGGCGCGCUCGCGGCCGCGGCCGCGUUCGCCGCGGCCGCGGGCUCGCGGCUCGACCUGCCGCCGGAGCGGCCGCCGGACAUCGCGAACGUCAUCGCCCACGUCGGCGUCGGCGGCUUCAGCCGGAGCCACCUGACCUACGCGACGGACCGGCUGCUCCGGUCGUCGCCGGCGCCCUGGGGCAUCACGGGCGUCGGCUUGAUGCCCUGGGACGCGAAGAUGUGCGCGGCGCUGCGCCGCCAGGACAUGCUCUACACCCUGGUGAUGCAGGACGCCGAGGCGUCGACGGCGCGCGUCGUCGAGGCCAUCACGGAGUUCGUCUUCGUGCCCGAGGACGGCGCCGCGUUCGAGGCGCUGGCCGUGGACGCGAGGUUGAAGAUCGUCUCGCUGACGGUGACGGAGAAGGGCUACUACCAGGACGUCGCGACGGGCGACCUGGACCUGGGCGCGGCGCUCGUCGCGCGCGACGUCGACGACUGGCGGUCCGCGGGGCGCCUCGAGAAGCCGCGGACGGCCUUUGGGUUCAUCUGCGCCGUGCUCCACAGUGUGCUCCAGCGGCGGCGGUCCGCGGGCCUGCCGGCGGUGACGGUCCUCUCCUGCGACAACCUGCCCCUCAACGGCGACCUGUGCAAGCGGUCGACGCUCCGCUUCGCGGCCGCCUGCGACGCCGACCUGGCCGCGUGGAUCGCCGCGGCCGCGACGUUCCCGAAUUCGAUGGUCGACCGCAUCACGCCGGCGACGGAGGACGCGCACCGCGCGCAGCUGGCCGACGAGUUCGGCGUGCGCGACGCCUGGCCCGUCGUCUCCGAGCGCUUCGCGCAGUGGGUCGUCGAGGACGCCUUCGUCGCCGGCCGGCCCGACUGGGAUCGCGCGUUCGGCGGCGGCGACGACGACGAGUCCGUGCUCUUCGUCGGCGACGUCGAGCCCUACGAGACCAUGAAGCUGCGCCUGCUCAACAGCGGCCACAGCGCCCUCGCGGCCGUGGGGCUGCUCCUGGGCCACCGGCUCGUGCACGCGUCGCUGGCGGACCCGGACGUCGCGGGCUUCCUCGCGGCCUACAUGCGCCAGGUCGCGGCGACGCUCGGCCCCGUGCCCGGCGUCGACAUCGAGGCGUACCAGGCGAAGCUCGUCGACCGCUUCAAGAACCCCAAGAUCGCCGACACGCUCGCGCGCUUGGCGUCCGACGGCUCCCAAAAGUUCAACUCGACGCUCGCGCACGCGCUCCGCGCCAUGCGCGCGGCGGACGAGGCCGCGCCGCCGCCCCGCGUCGCCCUGGCCCUCGCCUGCUUCCUCCUCUCCUUCGCCGAGGUCGACGAGAUGGGCCAGCGGUUCGCGCUCGCGGACCCGCGGCGCGACGCGCUCGCCGCGAGCGGCCGCGGCUGGCUCCUGCGCCACGCGCUCGACGCCGCCGACGCCACGGAGAUGCGCACCUUCCUCGGCCUCGUCUUCGGCGACGACGUCGCGGCCUGGGACGCCCUCGUCGCCGCGACGCACGCGGUCGCCGCGGACGUCCGCGCGCGCGGCCUCCGCGCGGUCCUGCGCAAGCCCUGA